AAGAGGGAGGGGGCCAAAGGAGAGGGAGCCACACACAGGAGGAAAGAAGAGAGGCAACGCACUGCUCCAGCGCUCAGACUCUGAGAGGCAAGGACAGAGGAGAGAGAGAGAGCUCAGCUCACUGACAGACGCGCAACAAGCGAGGGCAGAAAGACGAGAGCUCCCGGGCUCAGUUACAAACUCAAGUGACUUCAGACCAGCUCCAACAAAACAAGAAACAAAGAGAGAGAGAGAAAAGAAGAGAAGAAAGUCUGGAUUCUGAGACUCUUUUUGUGGCCCUCCUUGCGUGGAUCUCUCCGGACAUUUUAUGAGAAGCAGCAUUAAUCCUUUUUUUCUUGACUUCUUGUUUUUAUUUAUUCAUUUUGUACUCAACACUUUGGCAUCUCAUUCCCACAUCUCCUCCGCCUUCCUGUUAUCCAUCUCCCUGGACUGGAGGAGAUAAAUGAGAGAGCAACCAGGAGCAAAAAAGCGGCAGUCUUGGAAGAAGAGGGAGGAGGAGGCGAGAGGUCUCUGAGGCAAGCCCCCGGUUGUUCCCGUUGCGAGGUGAUCUGAGCCAUGGAUGUGGAUGCAUUCCUGCGACGUUUCUGAGGAAUAAACAGCACCGGGAACUACAGCAGAGUCUGCCACAACACUGCAAGCUUCCCCGCCACCAACAACUGCAUCCAUCACCAUUUAUAUUACUGACAGCUCUACAUCUGCUACCAAGAAUCUCUGAUCACACCUACCACAAUCUCGUCGGUCUUCGACCCAGCUAUUCUACAGGUUCUUACACCACAGUCCCAGGGAGGUUGUGGGUCCCCAGACAGAGGAGGUGUAGUCGGUCAGUCGGGGGAGUUUCUCCCACUCUCGUUCCCUCUCCCUGCACCCAGCUCAGCAUGCCCCAGCCCCUGAGCAGCUCCACAGCUCUCCCAGCUCCACUACCAUGUGUAGAUGGACAGUGACACAAGGUGCACCGGUCGCCUGGUUCUCCUCCUGCCCCUGCCGCAGACCUGCUUCACUCCUUCUCUCCCUCACGUUCCUUCUCCUGCUUCUCCUGCUCGGACCCUCCUCAUCCUCACCCCUUUCCACUUUAUCAGCACCGUCAGACUCUGAAGAGAACCACAAUGCACCGAGAGGGACUCCUCCUCACAUCUUCACCCCACAUCCGCCACCUUCCUCAUCACCCGUACCUCUGCACGCAUCCUCUGCGAGGUUGCCACGGGCGACCAAUGUGUCAUCGUCCUCUGCGACGGUCGUCGGGCGCCACGUGCGGAGCAGCUACAACCAUCUACAAGGAGAUGUGCGCCAGAGGAAGCUGUUCUCCUACCAGAAAUUCUUCCUUCGCAUUGACAAGAAAGGAACAGUUAAUGGCACCAAAAGCGAGGACGAUCCAUACAGUAUUCUGGAGAUCAAGUCAGUGGAUGUGGGAGUGGUGGCCAUCAGGGGCCUCAGCAGUAACCACUACCUGGCAAUCAGCAAGAAGGGAGUGCUAUACGGAGCGAGGGACUUUGGUCCGGACUGUCGUCUGAUUGAACGCAUCGAGGAGAACAAGUACAACACCUACGCUUCAGCAGAGUGGCGAAACAAGAAGAAGCACAUGUUUGUGGGACUGAAUGCCAACGGAAAGCCAAUGAAGGGGAGGAAGACACGGAGGAAAAACACAGCCACUCACUUCCUGCCCAUUGUGGUACAACCACGAUGAUUGGACAUGUCAGCCAUGGGAGAACUCUGCAAACUGCAGGUUUUCAGACUUUUUUGGAGUUACAGUGAUGGCUACAUUGGACAGAUCUGAAUGGGAUCUGAAUGAUGCACUGAGGAGGAAAAGAAUGGAAACCUAGAGACAUUUAUCUGUUGGAUAAAGACAUUUCUAUUUUUAAGGAAAGAAAUAAGAUAUAUUGGUAUACAAUGUAUAUAUUAUUUUCUGUUUUAAGUUAUAAAGUAUACAGGCACAGUAGAAAAUAUGAAAAGAAACAACUUCUGUGCCAAAAUGUGAUGUAGUAAACUCACAUUUCUAGAUUUCUGCACAUGUGAAGUGCUUGACUGGGACGAAAUGAAAAUGAAAGGAAAUGACAGAGGGCAAAGAUACAAGAGAGGAGAAGGAAGAGGAAAGUAAAGGAAGUACUGAUGGAAAUCUGACUGAUAGAAAAGGAGAGAAAGAGGCACGAAAGGCAAGAAGGGAAAAAAAUCGCAGUCGAAAGGAUUUAGUCAAGAAAGCACUGCCACAGCAGCAAGUCUAACGCUAUCAUGUUUUUCUUGAAAUUUAUUUAUUUUGUGUAAUAUUUAACAAAAAAAAACCAAAAACUCAAAAAAGACAAAGUAUUGUCUUUUUACCAUUUAUGCUUCUCUUUUUGAAUACUA